AUGACAGAUAGACAAUUCAUAGAAAACACAUGUAAGGGCACACCUUCUCCCGAUUUAUGCCUCGAGAUUCCAUUAGCAAACCGUGAGAGCGAGAAUGCAAAUCUAACAGGGUUAGCACUCAUCGGACUUGAUGCAGUUCAAGACAGAGGUUUCGAAAUCCUACGCCAAGUUGUUGAUCUUAAGAACUCUCAACCGGAGUUGACACCUACGUUGGAUAUCUGUACAGAGGUGUAUAAUGUGGUGGUUGAUUCGGAUGUGCAGUCGUCUAGGGAGGCGUUGCGAGGCGGCCUGUGUAAGUUUGCUGAGGAUGGAAUGGCGGAUAGUGCGGUGGAAGCACAGGCGUGUGAGAGGAGUUUUGGUGAGCAUGGUCAGUCGUCUCCGAUAACGGAUUCAAACAAUAUUAUAAAUGAUGUUGCUAAUGUGGUUAGGGCCAUAAUUCGUAUGCUGUUAUAA